AUGCAGCUGAAUAAUAACGUGACUGAAUUUAUUCUAUUUGGGUUGACGCAGGAUCCAUUUAGAAAGAAAGUAGUAUUUGUUGUAUUUUUGCUGUUAUAUUUGGGGACACUUUUGGGCAACUUGUUGAUCAUUAUUACUGUCAAGACUAGCCAAGCACUUGGGAGUCCGAUGUAUUUUUUCCUCUUCCAUUUGUCGUUGUCUGACACCUGCUUGUCUACUUCCAUAGCCCCUAGAAUGAUUGUGGAUACCUUUCUGAAAGAGGCCACUAUAUCAUUCAGUGAAUGCAUAAUCCAAAUCUUCACAUCUCAUAUUUUUGGUUGCCAAGAAAUCUUCAUCCUCAUCCUCAUGGCUGUUGAUCGCUAUGUGGCCAUCUGUAAGCCCCUACACUACAUGACCGUCAUGAGCCGUCGGGUCUGUGGAGUGCUGGUGGGUGUGGCUUGGGUAGGAUCCUGUGUGCAUUCUUUAACUCAGAUUUGUCUAGCUUUGAGUUUGCCUUUCUGUGGUCCCAAUGCACUUGAUCACUAUUUCUGUGACUUACAGCCUUUGUUGAAACUUGCCUGUUCAGAUACUUAUGUGAUCAACCUGCUUCUGGUGUCUAAUAGUGGGGCCAUUUGUACAGUGAGUUUCAUCAUGCUUAUGGCCUCCUAUGUCAUCAUCCUGCGUUCACUAAGAAACCACAGUGCAGAAGGGAGGCGGAAAGCCCUCUCUACCUGUAUCUCCCACAUCAUGGUGGUCAUCUUGUUCUUUGGUCCGUGCAUAUUUAUAUACACACGCCCUGCCACGACUUUCUCCAUGGAUAAGAUGAUAGCUGUGUUUUAUACAGUUGGGACACCUUUGCUCAAUCCUCUGAUCUACACACUGAGAAAUGCAGAAGUGAAAAAUGCCAUGAGGAAGUUGUGGAAGAAGAAACUAGUCUCCGAUGCUGUAAGAUGA